ACAGGGCAGCUCCCUUCCUGAGGCUUUCCUUGCCCUCUGGGCUCCAGCUGGCCCAGGCCGCCCUCUCACAGUGCCUGUCCCACCUGUCAUCUCUCGGAGGUGACGGGUUAGAGGGCAUGGGCCGGAGACUGCUCCUCCCUGUGCCCACGGCCCAGCUGGCAGAGUCUGCAGUGGAUGGGAGGCCCUGAGCAGCGGGGAGGCUGGGCCUGAGCCCAGGGGCUGGGAGGUGGAGGCUGAGUCCUGCCUGAGUGUCCCUUUAAUAGCUGCUGGCUUGGCCCUGCUUGGCGCCUGCUUCAGCUCCCCGCUCAGCUGUGGCUGCCACUGCUGUGCUGACUCACGCAGCCUGGCCACCAGCAGGAGCUGGGAACAUGGGCUCCCCAGGCACUGGGGUGGGCUGGGGGCUUCUGGAUUACAAGACGGAGAAGUACGUGAUGACCCGGAACUGGCGGGUGGGCGCCCUGCAGAGGCUGCUGCAGCUGGGGGUCGUGGUCUACGUGGUGGGGUGGGCCCUCCUCACCAAAAAAGGCUACCAGGAGCAGGACCUGGACCCCCAGGUCUCUGUCAUCACCAAGCUCAAGGGGGUCUCCGUGACCCGGAUCGAGGAGCUGGGGAACCGGCUGUGGGACGUGGCUGACUUCGUGAAGCCGCCACAGGGGGAGAACGUGUUCUUCUUGGUGACCAACUUCCUUGCGACACCCGGACAAGUCCAGGGCAGGUGCCCAGAGCACCCGUCCAUCCCGCUGGCUAACUGCUGGGCCGACCAGGACUGUCCCGAGGGGGAGACGGGGACGCACAGCCAUGGCAUAAAGACGGGCCAGUGCGUAGUGUUCAAUGGGACCCACAGGACCUGCGAGAUCCGGGGCUGGUGUCCAGUGGAGAGCGGUGCUGUGCCCGUGAAGCCCCUGCUUCUCCAGGCUGAGAACUUCACCCUGUUCAUCAAAAACACCGUCACCUUCAGCAAGUUCAACUUCUCCAAGUCCAAUGCCCUGGACACCCAGGACCCCACCUACUUCAAGCUCUGCCGCUACGACCCCCACUCCAGCCCCGCCUGCCCCGUGUUCCGCAUCGGGGACCUCGUGGCCGCAGCCGGAGGGGUCUUUGAGGAUCUGGCGCUGCUGGGCGGGGCUGUGGGUGUCCACGUCCGCUGGGACUGCGACCUGGACAGCAGGGGCAGUGACUGCCGGCCCCAGUACUCCUUCCAGCUGCAGGAGCGGAGCUACAACUUCAGGACAGCCACACAUUGGUGGGAGAGCUCAGGUGUGGAGGCCCGCAGCCUGCUCAAGCUCUAUGGGAUCCGUUUCGACAUCCUGGUCACAGGGCGGGCAGGGAAAUUUGGGCUCAUCCCCACGCUUAUCUCUCUGGGCACAGGAGCAGCCUGGCUGGGCGUGGUGAGUGUGGAGAGCGUGGGCAAGCAUGUGCCCAGCCCGCUCCGGCACGGCUGGGCCCCCGAUGUCGGGUCUGGUCGGGGGAAGGCCUGGGGGGUGGGUCUGGACACAGCUCAGCCCUGCUGCCCCCAGAUCACCUUCCUCUGUGACCUGCUGCUGCUGUACGUGGAUGGAGAAGCGCACUUCUACUGGAGGACCAAGUACGAGGAGGUACGCUGCGCAGGGGCCUGGGCGCUGCCUGUCUGGGGCUUUGGCCCGAGCCCCAGUCUGCUGCCAUUAUCCACAGGCAAAGGCUCCAAAGAGGACCGCCCGCCCCGAGCAGACAGAGCUGGCACCCGCACCCCCAUGCCCGGCCGUCCAGGGGCCUUAGAGGGGGCCCAGCGCCUGUCCUGACGGCCACGGCCACCGCCGGGAGCUGGACACCGAGGCUGUGGCCCCACUAGACAGCCUGCUUCCUGCUGGUGGGGGUCGGGGCUGGGAAGGCAGGGACCUCGCCUUGGGACCCUCGUGGAUGGAGCCCCCAGGACUAGAUGGGGGGGAAGGAUGAUUCCUCCUGGGGCAGGGAGUGCCCCGGAGCUGCCUGCGCAGGGACCUGUGGCAGGACGCCUCAGGGUGCCGUCCCGGGGCUCCAGCUGCAUCUGUGUGUGGAAAACCCUCUCCCAGCUCUUGGCCAGGAUGCCCAGCGCGGCCCCCGCACCAGUGGUCCACACAGCCCCUCCUCUGGCUGUACAGACCCCAGCCCUCUCCUCGGUCAGCACUCCCAUCCCGAGCCCCUAUCUCGGAGCCCCAGGGUCUGAGGCAGAGUGUCUCUGCUGCUGGGAUCCACUCCUGGAAUUCAGACUGGGGCGGGCAGAUGGCCCAGCCCUUCCCCGUGGCAGCUCUCAGGCUCUGGGGGGGCUGGGACCGACAGAAGACCAAGGACGAGCUGCUACGGUGGUGGGCUGAACCCCCUGGAGACACCCAGCCCACACCCUGGAACCGUGCGGGUGGGGAGGACUGGUGGGAGGGGAAUUCUCCACUACCCAAGGUCACCCCCGGGGCCAGCCUGGAGCAGAGGCUCUCUGGAGGCCCUGCCUUUCGGGAGCAGAGCCCCGAGGCUGGAAGGAAUGUCCCAGACAAGUCCCAGAGGCCACGGCAGGCUGGCCAGGGUCUGGUGUGCAGUUUUCACGGGGUCUGGGUCUGGGUCCCGCCUGCUGGAUUCCUCAUGGCAGAGUUUCGGGAGUGCUCGUGUGGGAGGCCUGGGGCUCUUUCUCAUGGGGCCCAGCGACCAGGCAUGCUGGCUGUGGCCAAGGCAAUGAUGCGGGCUGGCUGUGGAGGGCCAGCGCCAGGCUCAGGCUGGGCUCAAGCUGCCUCUUGAUCCUUAGAGCAGUGUCCGAGGGGGUAGGGGGGCCCUCAGGGCCAGGGCGAGGAGUGUGGACCUGUGUGUGGGUCCAGACAACGCUGACGGACGGCUGCAAGGUCGGGGAGUAAAGCCUGCCUAAGCCACAGUUUCUCGCAUGCUCCUUACAGGCAGGGACGAGGCUGGUAGUAUCUGCGGGGGCAAAGCAUCGCCCGGGAGACCGGCGGGCCGUGCGGGCUGGGCCUGGGCCCUUCCCAAGAACCAGGGGUCGGGGGAGAGCUGGAGGGCACUUGGGGAGGAUUCAGGCUCUCGGGCACCCAGCCCGGGGAGGCACCAGGGUCUGAGCCUAGUGGCCUAGGGCCUCGGUCUGCACGUUCUGUGCCCAUGGGUACAUGUCUGGAGGUGCGUGUGCUCAUGCAGGCAUGCCUCUGCCUCCCCAGGGGGGCCUCAGGCACACGCCACGCUCUCUGGGAGCUGGGGAGACAAGGGCACCCCGGAACUCUGCUGCCCUUCUAGACAGCCUCCCCGGGCCCCAGGCACCUGUGUCAGGCGCACCUCCUGGGGGAGGGGAGCCUGACUCUGCCCCUCUGUGCUGGCGCGUGGAGGGCUGUGGCACCCUCGGAGGGGCAGAGGGCAGUGGCCUGAGAGUCCUCAGCCCAGGGAUGUCCCAGGCCGGCACCUCCCCCGCGUGGAACCCCAGCACUCCACCCUCACGACCCUGUUUCACACUGACAAUCGAGCGAGCCCUUCCCAGGGGCUGGUGAGGACCCGAUGCCUCAAGAUCCACAGACAUGACACGGCCACACGGCUGGUCGAGCGAUACCUAUUGUGGGUCCCCGAGACAGGGCGUCCCCCCCACCCGCCCCAGUAGCUGGAAGGGGUUGCAAAGAGUCCACCGCCCCAGCGCCGGCCGCGCCCACUCCAAGGGCGACGUGCAGCACCGGCCUCUAAACUAGAGUCCGUGGGUCCCAGGGGCCCCCUCGGGUGGGCAGGCCCGCGAG